AAGUUGCAUGAACAGUGCAUUUGGUCUGAACAGUUAGAGAGAAAAUGCCGUAUGCUAACCAACCAACAGUUCAAAUCACACAACUGUCAGAGGAAAACAUAAAGUAUAUUCUUGAGGAUACAGAUCUGAGUGUUGCAAAUGCUAUUAGAAGAGUUUGUAUUGCUGAAGUGCCAACCAUUGCCAUUGACUGGGUACAGAUUGAGUCUAAUUCUACAGUCCUGUUUGAUGAGUUUAUUGCUCACAGGAUCGGCUUAAUUCCAUUGACCAGUGAUGAAGUGGUGGACCGUAUGCAAUACUCGAGGGACUGUACAUGUGAAGAGUUUUGUCCAGAAUGUUCUGUAGAGUUUACAUUGGACGUGAAAUGUACAGAGGAUCAGACCAAACAUGUGACCAGUGCUGACCUUAUGUCAUCCAACCCAAAAGUUGUGCCUGUAACAUCCAGAAAUAAAGAAGAAACAAGUGAAUAUGAAGACACAGAUGAUAUUUUGAUUGUUAAACUUCGAAAAGGUCAGGAACUAAAGGUGCGAGCUUUUGCCAGGAAGGGGUUCGCAAAAGAGCAUGCCAAGUGGAACCCCACAUGUGGUGUUGCUUUUGAGUAUGACCCAGACAAUGCCUUAAGACACACUCUUUAUCCCAAACCAGAAGAAUGGCCAAAAAGUGAAUAUUCAGAGCUAGAUGAAGACACACAUGAAGCCCCAUUCGAUGGACUUGGACAGCCAAACAAAUACUACAUCAAUGUAGAAUCAUGUGGAUCUCUGAAGCCAGAAAAUAUCAUGUUCUCAGCAUUAGCUGUUCUCAAAAAGAAACUCAGUGACUUACAAACUCAGCUCAGUCAUGAAAUCCAGCAAGAUGUGUUGGCCAUUUGAUUUUUUUUUUUUAAACUUCUUUAUACAUUCAUGUGACGAAAACUUUUUUUUUCAUUUAACACUUCAUUUCAUCGGAAGUUUCAUUUUCAUUAAAGCAGCUUUUUUCUGUGA